UCAAGAAACAACUUAGCUCCCGCCAACCGAGCUUCAAUCGUCCCGCCGGCGUCAUGCAUUAUAUAAGAUUCUGCCGGCCUCCGGAGGUGCAGACCGUCAAAUCCCAGGCAUUCGUCAAGCUCGUGCUGACCAUCACAACGGACUUGAGCGACUCGUUCCUCGCACCGCGCAACCCGGUCCAACUUGCUGUCAUUGGCGCCUACACCGUGAAUAAGGAUGGGAAGGACCAGCUCAUCCCCGUCAGCUUGGUCCAGGGCAACAGCCCCCCGACAUGGCGGGCUGGAAUGAGGGUGCUCAAGCUUGACCUCCCAUUGCCCUCGCUGCCCAUCGAGACAAUACAGGUCCGGCCGCUGAGUCGUCAGCUGACGGCAAUGAGCACGAGCGAUGUCCUCCCAGGUACUCAAGGCUUGAUCAUGUCAGUCUUUGCGGACAUGCCCCAGCCACGGAGCGCGCUCUCGCCCUCUGUCUGUUUCCGGAGUCUGAGACUGCCUGCGGGUGAGAUGGCCGCCGCCCAACCACUGCAGAUAGAGGAAGAUCUUGGUGAGAGCAUCGCUCGCCACAUCUGGGAUUCUGGUAUUGUCAUGGUUACUCUCCUUGCAGAUCUUUGCUUGGAUAGCACAGCCGGGGUUGGCAAAAAGCCGGUUCCCCUAUUGCGCGGUAUCCUUGAUCGCCCAGACCGGCGACUGAAUAUCUUGGAGCUCGGCUGUGGUGUUGGCGUCGUGGGCAUUGGCAUGGCGCGCAUCAUGUCGUUGAGGCCGACAGGAGAAGCACCACAAAUUCUCAUGACAGACCUUCCCGAGGCGGAGGGCAAGGCGCGAGCGAACAUUGCCCGCCAAGCGGCAAGUCUCGGGCAAGCAUCGAUCAAUCUCGACUUUGAGCCUCUGGACUGGCAAGAUGGGAAGAACGGGAUCUUUGGUGAGAAGGCCGCGUCCCGCGCUUGGGAUCUGGUGGUUCUCUGUGACUGCACAUACAACACCGACACGCUGCUGCCUCUGGUCAAGACGCUCUCUGCCCUCCACAGCCACGCCGCGCGACACGCAUCUGCUGUGAAGACCGAGGUUCUCGUGGCGACGAAGCCAAGACACUCUUCCGAAAGGAUCUUCUUUGACCUGAUGUCCGCUGAUGGAUGGGUCGUUAGAGAGCAGACCGAGAUGCCGCUUCCUCUCCUCGAUGGAGAAGGUCAACGCGUGGAGGUUUAUCUGUUUGGGAAGCCGUGAAGACGGACACUUCAUAUGCCAACCCAUAUAAGCCUCGCCAUCUACCCUGGCAAUGUAUUGCACAGCGAUUUGAUGAUGCCGACCACAUGAGCAGGCGGCCGUGUUGCAGGAGAGAGAGAGAGAGCGCGAUAAGUAGAUAUCCAUAUCCAAUCCUCACUCAGCACAGCUCACGCCGCUGCCGUCGGUGCAUGUGCAUGAUUCAGAAGUUUCUCAAUGUUUGGCAGCAGGUUGGCUGAUGAGCAACAAUUGUGAUCUCACCCUCCAUGUUGGUACGUUCACUUCAUGUCAGGGCGGCGCGCGGAAGGCGAGACAUGAGGAAGUAUCAAGAAACAAUUAAGUUGUUAAAAACGUUACCGUGGCACAUGCGACUGCAGUGCCCCGGGCAGCUGAUUUCAGCAAGCAAUGCAGCGGCGCACCGAACAGAGAUCACCCCGCCUACCUAGGAAAGGCACAGCCGGAGCUUUGGCAGGGAUGCAGUGCAAUGCUGCGAACUCAGG